AUGAUGGUGCAAAGACUGGGCCCAAUAUCCCCUCCAGCAAAUCAGGCUGCAACAGCGUGCAAUCAGAUCGGCCCCAGCUUACAGAGGAAUCUAAACCUCCAGCACUUAGCAAUACCUCCAUCUGAUACCAGGUCUCUAAUGUCAAGAGAAUCUCUUGCUUCUACAACUUUAAGCCUUUCUGAAAGUCAUUCUACAAUGAGUGUGAAACAAGAGUGGUCCCACGCAUAUAGGAUCAUUCCCUCUAAUCAUGGCUCUCAGAAUAGUAGUGAGACGAGUGACCUGCUUAGCAUUCCUCCAGGAACAUCUAUGUCCAACAAUACUGUUACCAAUCCAUUGCCUUCAUAUUUGUUUGGCAUAGAGAAUAAUUCUUCACCUUAUCCUAGUCCUAGGCAUUCUUCUCCAAGAUCACAUUCAGCUCGAUCAAAGAAAAGAGCACUUUCAUUGUCCCCUUUGUCUGAUGGUAUAGGAAUAGAUUUUAAUACUAUUAUCCGGACUUCACCAACCUCAUUAGUUGCAUAUAUAAAUGGCUCAAGAGCUUCUCCAGCCACUAUUUCACCUCAGCCUGAAGUUUAUGGGCAUUUUUUAGGAGUCAGGGGAAGCUGCAUUCCUCCAACAUGUCCUGGAAUAAACUCUCAGAAAAGUCUUCUCGCCAUCAGUGAUAAUGUAUCUGUUCCUGAAAAUGAAUAUCAGCGUAUGCAACAGCUGGAACAAAGCAACUUACAAGCUGACGUUAUGAACAAUAUGGUGGUUCGACAUGGCAUAGGGCUAAAUGAAGGACAGACAAUGGGAGUUUUAAAGAGUGAAAGGGUGGAUGACUUUCCAAGUGGCACAAUUGAAAUGUCAUCACAGACUUCCCUCCCCUUAGCAGCUGCUUCUCCUCAUCAAGGCCCACCACCACCUUACCAUGCCCAUCAACACAUGCACCAACAUGAUUUGUUAAAUCAUUCCCACCAGCUGUCUCUUCCACCUCCUGCACAGGUUCCUCUACUUGAAGAGGAGGGAGAAAUAGAUGACUUUAAUGGUAAGCACUGUUGCAGGUGGAUUGACUGUAGUGCUCUGUAUGAUCAGCAGGAGGAACUUGUACGACACAUAGAAAAGGUUCAUAUAGAUCAGAGGAAAGGGGAGGACUUUGCUUGUUUUUGGGCAGGCUGUCCCCGAAGAUAUAAGCCCUUUAAUGCACGCUAUAAGCUUCUUAUUCACAUGCGAGUCCACUCUGGGGAAAAACCAAACAAGUGUACGGUGAGUACUGAAAACUUGAAUCAGUUUAAGUAA